CUUUUAGCAAUGGAAGGAGUACUAGUGAUACGUCACUGGGUGGAAACCCCAGCACGUUAUCAGGAGCAUUUUGCUGAGCGAGAUCUCGAAGCGUGCAGGCUAAACCAUUGUCUGUAUGCCUUGCCAGGCCCGGCCACAGCUGCUCAGGGAAAGAAGCCACAGGCAAGGAAGAGCUCUGCGGAGGCAGCGCAGAAGGGCACGGAGGAAGGAAAGCCCAAAUUUCAAGUCUUGAUCGACAUUGUACAAUUCCGGCCCGAAGACAUUAUCAUUCAGACCUUUGAAGGCUGGCUGCUGGUUAAAGCUCAGCACGGACCCAGGAUGGAUGAACACGGCUUCAUAACCAGAAGCUUUACUAGACAAUACAAACUGCCAGAGGGAGUCGAAACAAAAGACCUGGCUGCUCUCUUCUGCCACGACGGCAUUUUGGUUAUUGAAACCAAAACCUUGGCAGAGAACUGA